CGGCUGAACAACAAGCCACUGACUUCUCGUCAGUCGACGUUGAAGACUGCUACGUACAUACGUGUAUAUGCCGACACAAUUCGGUGUUGGCUGCUCACAACCCGUUCAUCGUACGAUCUAUCUGCACGAUAUAUCGGGAGAAAAAGUGCCGCGCAAACAGAAGAGAGAGAAAGAGGAGAAGAAAGAGGGAGCUCGCGGCACGCCGGGAGAGUUCAAGGUGUUGCACAAUUUUGCGUCAGAUCGUGUUUCUCGGCGAGAAAUCAUCAGCCGACGGGAGAAUAACAGGAUUGACAGUGAGUGUCGUAGCUCUGACACGACGCGAGGAAUUAAUCGAAUCGGCAGCGCGGUGUCGCGCGAUUCUACGGAGACCGAGGAAACCUGCGCGCGUCUCGAUUGCAUGUAGCUCUACCUAUCAACGAAAACCGUAAAGAGAUCACGUGGAGAAAAAAAUAAACGGUCGAGUCCUGUCGGCGCGUAUAGUUACUUGUUUACUGCGACCCACCUGAACGUGUCGAGCUAGUUGGAAUCGAUCGAUUCGCAGCGAAAGAUGUCGAUAAGACACGUUCGUUUCGUCUACGCGUCUCAGAGUUAAAUUCCUACCGGAGGACAGCCGUGUGUGUAUAAAGCCUAGAGCGGCCGUUCGCGAUCUCGUUCAACGUGGUUCGGUGACCGAUCGCGUGUGCGCGCGCGCGCGCUCCCUUCGCCUGGAAGAAAGAACAAGAAACAGCGACUUGUGGAGUAGGGCGGAAGAAAAGGAAGAAGGACGUCGAAGGAGAAGGAGAAACGAGAGAAAAGGAAAAGAGGGAGGCACGCCGCGUGGACACAGCCGUACGAUCGUGUGUCUGUUUCGUUUCGUUUUACCGCUUUUCGAGCCUGAGCGCGGUUUAUGAGAACUCGCGGAAGUUUUGGUUCAUACAAUUUUCCCAACUGGUGUCUCUUCCUCUUUUUUUCCUGGUUUCUUUUUAUCCGUGAAUUACCACGUGAGAAUAAUCGUGAGAACGAGAAGGAAACGUUCAAGGAUUGUAAACAACCCGACGCAUCGUUCGAUCGAACAAAACAAUCAUGUAUAAGCUACUAGGGGGUCUCGGACAGUACUUGAAAUGGCAGGAAAUUACGACGGAUUCGAUGGUGUUUCGGUUACACAACCAUUUUACAACGGUGCUGCUUUUCACGUGUUCGAUGGUGAUCACGGCCACCCAAUACGUUGGCAAUCCGAUCUCCUGUAUCGUUCGGGGUUUACCCACGCACGCUAUCAAUACUUAUUGCUGGAUAACUUCUACGUUUACCAUGCCGGACGCAUUUAAUCGGCAGGUUGGUCUAGAGGUGGCGCAUCCAGGAGUGGCGAACGACUUCGGCGACGUGGACGCGAGGAAAUAUUAUACUUACUACCAGUGGGUGUGCUUCGUGUUAUUCUUCCAGGCGAUACUAUGUUACGUUCCAAAAUGGCUGUGGAACAUGUGGGAGGGUGGUUUGAUCAACAUGUUGGUUAUGGGUAUGAAUCACGGUCUCGAUAGUUCAGAGAACAUCGAUAAGAAGAAAUCCGCUCUGAUGGAUUAUUUGAUGCAGUAUAGAAAGAAACAUAACACGUAUGUGUACCGGUAUUUCGCCUGCGAGGCCCUCUGUCUCAUCAACAUCUUCCUCCAACUGUACCUGAUGAAUCGGUUCUUCGAUGGUGAGUUCCUUAGCUACGGUCUGCGAGUGUUGCAGUUGCCAGACAUUCCUCAGGAGGAACGCGUGGAUCCUAUGGUCUAUGUCUUCCCACGGGUCACGAAAUGCAUUUUCCACAAAUAUGGUGCAUCAGGAACUAUACAAACGCACGACUCUCUAUGUAUUCUCCCGUUGAACAUAGUCAACGAGAAAACGUACAUAUUCAUCUGGUUUUGGUUUACAAUCCUAUCGAUUCUGUUAUUGGGUCUAAUGGUGUACAGAGCUGCCAUAAUCUUCGCUCCGGCCGUGAGACCAAAAUUACUUCAACUAUCCUCACGACUUACCCCUAUCGAAACCUGCAACAGCAUCAACAAGAAGAUUGAUCUUGGCGACUGGUGGCUUCUCUAUAUCCUCUCUUCUAAUAUGGACUCGUCGAUCUACAAGGACUUCUUGCAAAACCUAACUAAAAAGAUGGGCGACAUGCAUUCGGUCACUGCUUAGGCUUAUAUUUCGCUAUUUUAUAAUUAAAUUUGAAAAACAACGGUUAAAAGAUAACUCGAUUAUGGACUGAUUCGUUGAUUGAUCGUUAGACCAGGCUUUUUGGCCUCGUUUCUUUCAGACGUUUUCUUUUUCUAGAUUUAAAGAAAGUUAAAGAAUUAAAGGAGAAGUAUAUUGAUUUGCAUGAUUUCAUGCGUAUGGAAAUAGAUGAGGCGUUACGAGAAUUUAUAGAGAUAUUUUCCUAACUAGUGUCUAGAGGAAAGAAUCGCUGUCUCGACUGACGUAGUAAACGCAGUUGCGUAGAUAUGCGGAGACACUCUUGAUGCUGCGUUAAAGUGACCACUUUAGGAUCUCCAUGUGUGGGUGUAUGUGUGUGUGCACGUGUAUGUGAGUGCGGUGGCUGCCUGUGUGUUACGUACAUACGCGCACGAAUCGUUUUCCAACGAUUGAAUCCCGAGAGAAUCGUUCUAUAUUUCUUCAUUUAGUGUUCGUUCUCCAAAGCAAACAAAACUAUUUUAUUUCUUCGAGAAGUAUUGCUCAAAGCAAAUCGUUUCUUUAGCGCUAGAGAAAUUCUUGAUCGUGAAGAUCUUAGUAUGCGAUGAUACCUUCUACUAUACAACAUUUUUCUACUAUGAGAUCAUCCUAGCUCUUGUAAUGUAUCGAUCUCACGAUCAUGACAACAUAUAUGCUAUGUGUUGCAACGCUAUUAUCAUACAUUCCCCUAUAGUGUAUUCAAAUUGAUUUCUUUUCUAUUCCAAGUCAACAAAGAUAUUUUCUUUUUUUUUCCUUCUUCUUUAAGAUGUUGGUAUAUUGUGUUUUUGAACGUAUAUUUUGUGUUAAAA